CAGCUCCUGCAGCACUGCCAACGCUUUAACUUAACGGGACUGCUUUUUGAAAACCAUAUGCAGUGGAACAGUGCUAAGUUGGGUAAAUGGUCAGAAGGUGCGUGGAGAAUUACUGCAUUGUUGUGAGCAAGAGAACAAACUCAGGUUAAGAAGCAAAGCCAAUGGAUCCAAAAAGUGCUGCCAAGCUUCUGGAGAAGAACCCAUUCUCUGUCAGCACCCCGAAUCCUUUGCUUCCUUCUCCUGCCAGUCUUCAGCUCGCUCAGCUCCAAGCUCAGCUUACCUUGCACAGGCUAAAAUUGGCUCAGACAGCAGUCACCAGCAACCCAGCAGCUGCAAGUGUCCUGAAUCAAGUGCUCUCCAAAGUGGCUAUGUCUCAGCCGCUGUUUAACCAGUUACGGCAUCCGUCCGUGAUCAGCACCCCCCAGGGGCAUGCUGGAGGACCUCCACAAGGACCUGGGAUCACUAAUGCUAGGUUUCCAUCUAGUGGAAUCCCUUUUCCAGCACAGAAUCCAGCUCUGGCAGCACAAGGAGGAAGCACAGGGCCUGUUGGGAACAUGCAGACGCAAAACCCAAGCGCUGUGGUCAUGAACCCCUUUGGGAGUGUAAUGUCUCAGGCAUCCAGUCAACAGGCUGUAGUGAUGGGUCUGAAUAAGACUGGUCCCUCAACUGUUGCAGGAGGAUUUUAUGAAUACGGUAAACAAAACGUUUCUGCCCCUCAAGCAUACACGUCAGAUGCAGAACAAUCCACUCAGCGCAGCUUUAUAACCACUGGGUCGCAUUCAGGAGUGUCCUAUGAGGGUCAUUUUUGUCCUCCAGGCCAGCUCAAACAUGACAGCCAGUCUGGGUUUCAGAAAGAUUUCUAUGGACCCAAUUCUAAAGGGCAGCAUACAGCAGGGGUACAGUCAUUGGCUUUCCCGGGUGAUCAAAUUGUGAGUCAAAAAGCAGAGCCAGGUCCUGUGUUACAUGGUGCAGGUACAAACAACCAGUGGGAAGAUGUACCUAAUUUCUCCAGCCAAAACAAGCCUGACCUAAUGCCCAGUCCCAGCAUGUGGCCAUCAACAAGUCAGCAGUAUGAAAUAAGAAACGAGCUCUACAACCCUGAAGAACCCACCCCUGACACAAAGUUUAGCUCUGGGGCUCCACCUCCUUUCGGCAGACUCAACAAUAGUAAACAGAGCCUCAGCAGUUCCCGAAUGAGGCCGGAUGAGGACCUGGCGGCAAAUGCAUCCAAUUUGCCCGUGAGAUCUCUACAGCCUCAUGAGUUAAAUGACUUUCAUGGGAUAGCCCCGCUUCACUUCCCACAUGUCUGCACGGUCUGUGACAAAAAGAUCUUUGAUCUAAUGGACUGGGAUCAGCACAUUAAAGGAAAUCUUCACAUCCAAAAAUGUAUGGUGCUCUCGGAAAACACUGGCAUCCGGUGUGCGUUAAGUUCAGUAGAUGGAACGUUGCACUUAUCGCCAAAUAAUGCUUCAAUUUUUAACCCUUCCAGUAUUGAAGAUUUCUCAUCAAACGUUGGCUCAUCUUAUGCCACUGUGUCGGCAAGAUCCUUCAGCCAGCCAGUUCCUACGUUUUCUUCCCUUCCAGCUGGGGUAAGAUUUCCACAAAGGAAAUCCACCCUUGGUCGAGUAGUACACAUCUGCAAUCUCCCCGAAGGAAGCUGCACAGAGAAUGAUGUUAUUAAUCUUGGACUUCCCUUUGGGAAAGUCACUAAUUAUAUCCUUAUGAAAUCUACUAAUCAGGCCUUCCUAGAAAUGGCUUACUGCGAAGCAGCACAGGCCAUGGUACAGUAUUACAAAGAGAAGCCCGCUAUGAUCAGCGAUGACAAGUUACUCAUUAGGAUGUCUAAAAGAUACAAGGAACUUCAGCUGAAGAAACCAGGGAGGAAUGUGGCGGCAAUCAUCCAGGACAUCCAUUCUCAGAGGGAGAGGGAUAUGUUCCGUGAAGCAGACAGGUAUGGACCAGAGAGGCCACGGUCUCGCAGCCCCAUCAGCCACUCCCUGUCGCCAAGAUCUCACACACCAAGCUUUACUUCCUGCAGCUCACCCCGCAGUCCGUUGGGCACCGUCAAGGCAGACUGGGGAAAUGGAAGAGAGUCGUGGGAUCAGUCCCCUUAUUCCAGAAGAGAAGAAGAAAGAGAGACAGCACCCUGGAGAGAGAAUGGAGAGGAGAAAAGGGACAGGACUGAUGCAUGGGUACAUGAGAGAAAACAUUAUGCACGGCAGCUGGACAAGCUCGACUUGGAUGAAUGGACUGAAGGAGGCAGAGGGCACAGAGACAAAUAUUUAAGGGGUGGUUCGCCCAGCUACAAGAGCAGGGACGAUGAUUAUUACAGAAAAUCAUCCAAGCCAAAAUCUGAUAGGCAUCAGAAGCAGCUGCAAGAUGCAUCGACAAAGCCUAAAAGAAAGGAAGAUGUGAGAUUGAAAGAGCGCAAGCAUUCUCACUGUGAGGAACCAGUGAAGGAGGACAUCUCUGAACAGAAGCCCAGCAAGGGGUCUGAGGGCUCCAGACACAAGCAAAGUGAUAAGAAUAAAACAAAGAAAGCUAACAAAGACCAAGAGGCGGAUCCUACGGCUGCUAAUGAAAGCAGUGAUGCAAAGGAAGCCAAAGUGACUGAGAAUGAGCUUGGGAAAAAGGAGAAUAUUGCAGAGAAGAGCUCACCUGCAGCUAAUAAACAUGGAAAAGAAUCUGGAGAGACUAUGGAAAGUGCAAGAAAAGAGAAGGAGCGAGACUGGGAGAGUGAAAGCGAGAUGGAAGGUGAGGCCUGGUAUCCGACUAACAUGGAAGAACUAGUAACAGUGGAUGAAGUGGGAGAAGAUGAUCUUAUUAUGGAGCCUGAUAUAACGGAACUUGAAGAAAUUGUUCCGGUUGAUAAAGAUAAAACAAGUUCAGAAAUGUGUCCCUACGUGUCUACCAUUUUAGAACUGAAAAAUGACCAUAGCCAAUUAAAUCAGAGUGAUGGCAUAUUUGCCCAUGAAACUAUAGACCCAAGUUUUGUGUCAGCAGAGGAAAGCAUAGCAGCUUCCAGUGGCUGUCCAGAAAAUGAUGAUGCAGUUACUAAAGCAUCCGACCUAAAUCUGGACACUGAACAGAAGCCAGAUACAUUGCAAGCAGACAAACUUCAUAGGGAUUCUAAUUACCAUGAUAAGGAGAGGAAAAUGGAAGGAAGCUGUGACUUAAAACCAGAAGAUCCCCAUAUACCAUCUGAUCAUGUGAAAGAAGAGACCCUCCAGCUCCCUGACCAGUUUACGGAUGAUUAUAAGCAAAUGGGAUCACAAGAAAUGGAGAGCAGAGAAGUCAUGGAAAUGCUUGUGAAAAGCACCAAUGAAGGAGCAAGCCAAGGAAGCCAGGAGUGUCAAGAGACCAAGGCGAAUUCUAGAUACACGGAAAUGAAAUCUCCUGAAUACUCAGAGGUGGAAUCUAAACAAAUGCAUCCUUCACCGGCCUGGGAACAAGAGGACGUGUUCACAGAACUCAGCAUUCCUCUAGGUAUGGAAUUUGUGGUGCCCAGAACUGGGUUUUAUUGCAAACUCUGUGGACUCUUCUACACAAAUGAAGAGACAGCUAAAACAAGUCAUUGCAGAAGUACUGUUCACUACAAAAAUCUUCAGAAGUAUCUCUCGCAACUUGCAGAAGAGAGUCUGAAAAUGAACGAACAAGACAGCAGUCUGCCACAGGACGACACUGGAAUUGUUCCUCGCUUUGAAAAGAAAAAGUUGUGAUGCCAACGAAGAGUUGGAAAUGGGUGAAUGCCAAUAUUUCCUUGUUGUUCUCUGACGUGACCAUCAAUUUGCACUGUACAGGGGAAUGGAAAGCACAAUAAAGAGCAUGUUCCAUGCAUUUAUGCCCAGAGUGCCCCUAAAAAAACAAAAUGCCAGAAAUAGUUUCCCACGGUGAAGCAGUGCUGGAAUAUCUCUAACAAGCAGAGCUAUUCUUUCUCACACUCUGCACGUUGGGAGCAGCUUCCCGCAUUAAAUUGGAUUCUCAGGGAUUCUCAGCGUUUUCAUUCGGGUGUUGGAACAUGUUGGGUCAGGCUGAGUAUUUAGAAGUGUCUAGCGUCCUCCAGUGGAAAUAAUCAGAAAGGAAAUGUCUGGAGUGAAAUGAGCUUUAAUGUAGUUGAAGCAGUAUCCUUCGCUUCACUCAUUGCCAUAAUGAAUAAUAAGUUAUGUAUGCGAGUCCUAAAUGAAUGAUAAACAUUAGAUGGGCUAAUGUAAACUCCAGCUGCAUCUGUGCCUUAGAGAACUAUUUUAUGUCUGUAAUGUUAGGACAUGAAGUCAGUGUCAUAUAGAGGAAGAUGCAAUUUCUGUCCCAGACAUCUUGCAAUCUAAAUCCAGUGCAGUUAAAUUGCAUAAACUGAAGAUUAAUCUCCUUCAUCUUCUUCAUUUUCCAUUCUUCUUAUCUGGUGGCCAGGCCACUCUUCAGCCAUUUCUGGUUUUGAAAAUCUUCCUUCAGAAAAUUCUAAAAAGUGUGCUUUCUCCAUCUUAGAUUAAGGUCCCACAAAACACUUUAUAAAUGUUACAUACUCGGAUCACAGUGCUUGUUGAACUACAAGUCUAUCCUUGAUGUGUUUUAUUUUAAACAUGUUUUUCUAAUCUCGGCAACCUUGUAUUUCCUGUUCUUUAUGGAAUUUGGCCAAUGCUGUAUUGACAUUUUCUGUAUUUUAUUAUCCUGCUAUUUUUUAUGGCAAAUAUAACAACUCACUGUUCACAGAAUGCUGCAGUGAGAACACAGGAUGCACCAGCAGCGCUGAUGUUAUUAUGUGCCAUUGUUUCUGCACAGUGUUGUGCUGAGUAUUGUGCACAGCCCCAUUGAAAUGCAGCUUGCAAAUUUCAGAUUAAUUUCAAUGGGGCUUUGUGUAGCAAAGUGAAUGUCUGACAACUGUUGCCAAAAACUGAUCCUAGAAUUACACCUUCACAAAAUGCACCAGAGAAUCCAGACAGAUGGUCACUCUGUGUUACUAUAGAGGGGUGGAAAGUUUUUGAAAUUUCAGUGAAAAAUGGGGUGGGAGAUUUACAAAUUCCCCCCUCCCCCCCUUCCCAUUUUUUGCCCGUUUCUGCAGUCAAUCCCAUUAAAAUUUUUGGGAUUGGAUGCACAGCUUCUAGCAGUAGGUGGUGGAUGUGGGAAAUCUCUUUUUCCAGAAAGGCCCAUCCAUCCUUGAGAGCAACAUUAAUACUACAAAAUAAUGCAAAAUGCUUGUUUCAUAUAUCCUGAAACUGCUCCCACCAAAAUGCUUGUUUCAUAUAACCAGUACCAUCAGCCGUAUCCUUCUGCCUCUGGAAUAGCUUUCGUCACAGCGCCGUCUCCAUUUUGUUGUUCGCUGAGGUCCCAUUUGCCUGGUGCGCAUGUGCCUUCAUUUCAACAACAGAUAACGCAAAUGGCAGAUGUUGUAUCCUCACUUCUCCAGAGUUCAGGGAUUC